CGCUGGGCUAGCGACAUGGCGGAAGCGGCCCGGCUAUCGCCGCCUGCAGACGUACGGCGACCAGUCUCCAGUCAGUCUCAGCUACAGCUUGGGUACGGGCGCUGCCACUCGCACAGCUGCAGUACGCAACUCAUACACAACUCACACCUCGCCAUGGGUCUGGUCUCCAAGCUGAGGAUUGGCCUCAAGCUCUUCGAGCUAGCGCUGGCGUGCGCGUGCAUUGGCACAUUCACCGAAACUCAGCUACACACGGUGCUGGACGUGUACAUACUGGAGAUCACCACAUACAGCGGCUACGUCAUCAUCAUGAGCGGCUUCCUCAUCGGCUACAUGACAGGCGAGCGCAUACCUCCCAAGAUGGACCUGCUGCUAACGGCCGUGGGCGGCGUGCUGUUCGUGGUUUCGGGCAGUCUACGCAUCCACGGCACCACCUUCAAGCCUGACUACUACAAGCCCGAGAGCCUGUCCAACACCUGCGGCGCCCUCGCCAUCGUCAACGGCUUCUUCUUCGCCGCAGACGCGCUCGCUUGGUUCCGCGAUGUCAACGAGUACAGCCCGCACUGAGCGAGCGAGAGCGCGCGCGAUCUUCCUCUCCCCCCCCCCCUCUUCUCCCCACUCCUUCUUACUAGUGACUGUUACAAACUUCCAUCUAUGUUGUUGGAAAUAUACAAUAAAGAAAUGACAAUCUGUUGUAAUGUACCGCAGAGUUACUGUCCCCUGAUUUACUCUCCAAUAUUCCAUACAAAAUUUUACGACUAGUGCACAAGCUGACUCUCAAGAAACUAUUCGAUUUUGUACUCUUACAAUCAAAACCCAGAAAUAAAGAACACAUGCUGUUAUUUUAUGCAAUUUUGUCAAAUAAAAACAUGGUUGGAGACCGUGGUUGUUAUUGUAUGAAAUAAAUUGUUCAUGGUGUAUAGCAACCAGCCACAAA